GCAUGCUGGGGCCGCCGUGCCUAGGGCGAGGCCUAACUCGAGACCAAAGCGCGGGACCGAUGAAACUACGCGAACCGAGAGGUUGUUCGCGCUGUGAGAGUUAAGUGAAGGAUGGUGAUCUCUGAGGAAUGCAAAAAGUAAAAAAGGCCCUCGGCAUUGCAAGGAGACUAUAGUGAAGUGAAAAAAAUCUAAGAUGAAGGCGGUUCAGACCGUCUGCAGGCAGCUUAGAAGUUCAAAGGGGUUUUUUGUAGAACCAGCCCCGUGUGUGGGUUUCUCCACUUCCUCUUACUCAUGUGGCCGGAGGAAAAAAAUGAACCCUUAUGAAGAAGUGGACCAAGAAAAGUACUCUGAUUUAGUACAGUCUGUCUUGUCAUUCAGAGGCAGUGCUCAGACUCCAGAAUCAUUGUUUGAGGAAGAUACUUUACUCUAUGGACCUGUGAGUAAGUGUAAACCCCCAAAGCAAGAUGGGGAAGCAAGAGUUACAGGAAACUGGUCUCCACUCUUCAAUCCAGAGAGAAGCUUAAAACCAAAUACAGCAAAUGAUGCUACAGUUCCUUUGAAAAUCCCUUUGCAAAGGAAUAAGAUACCAAGUGUGACCCGGGUCCUUCAGCAGACCAUGACAUCAGAACAGAUUUUCUAUUUGGAGAGGUGGAAACAGCGGAUGAUUCUGGAACUGGGAGAGGAUGGCUUUGCAGAAUAUACUUCAAACAUAUUUUUACAAGGGAAACGGUUCCAUGAAGCCUUGGAAAGCAUACUUUCACCCCAGCGGAACUUAAAAGAGAUAGAUGAAAAUCUCACAUCUGGCUACAUUGAAAGCAUCCAGCAUAUUCUAAAAGAUGUCAGUGGAGUUCGAGCUCUUGAAAGCGCUGUUCAACAUGAGACCUUAAAGUAUGUAGGUCUGCUGGACUGUGUGGCUGAGUAUCAGGGGAAGCUAUGCGUGAUUGAUUGGAAGACCUCGGAGAAACCAAAACCUUUCAUCAGAAAUACAUUUGACAACCCACUGCAGGUUGUGGCGUACGUGGGUGCCAUAAACCACGAUGCCAACUACAGCUUUCAGGUUCAAUGUGGCUUAAUUGUGGUGGCCUACAAAGAUGGAUCUCCUGCCCACCCACAUUUCAUGGACACAAAGCUCUGUUCCCAGUACUGGGCAAAGUGGCUUCUUCGACUAGAAGAAUAUACAAAAAAGGAAAAGAAACAGAAUAUUCAGAAACCAGAUUAGGGACAGGACACUAUUGGGAACAUUCAGCACUGUCUCACAGUUUGGGAAGAUAGAUCUCUGUUUACUAUGACCUAAAAUGGAGGUACCACAGGAUCUGAGAGCUAUAUUAGCACAGCAGAAGUAUUUGUUGAAACUUAUUGCAACCCAAAAGACUGAAAAGCCAGAAAAGUUUAGAUUUAUUGAACUGGACUUCACAUAAAAGAGCAACUAUUGCUACCUCUGACUGUCAUUUACCUGAAAAAAUGGCAAGCAGGAUUGAUUGGCACAGCAUUGGUGGCUCUUGUACCCCUCUGUGGACCUUCCUGUGUCCCAGGCAGGAUGCCCAGUCUUUGAACUGAAAUUGGAGGGCAGUGAGGCUUGGUGUUCCAAGCAUGUCCCCAGGGUGCAACAGGAGGGAAGGGGCCACACACCCCCAGGGUGUGUGUGGAGGGAGAACUCUCAUCAGCCACUACUACUGCCAAUGCAGUUCCCUAAAUGUUGUUUUAUAUAUUGGGGUUCUCUAUAUAUUUCUUUGAAGAAAAAAGCUUCUGUGUAACAUUUUUGAAAACUACAUAUGAUUCCUUACCCUUGAGUAAAAAUUGCUCUCUGGAGCAUAUUCACCGUAUCAUUAGCAAUACCCCUCGGCAUACCACCAAAUAACCCCCAAAAGUAGCCAGAUCCCAGCCUGAGACUUGUAAUUAUAGAUAUUUUAGUAGCUGUAUUCUACUUUGAGUCAAUGAAUCAUGUCCCUAGAGAAAAUGUAUCAUUUGUGGGAUUUUUCAGCUAUGGGGAGUAUUAAUACAAUUUAUUAAUUUUUUGGUUUUAAUAACUAAUAAAUAUUAGUUGUCACUGGGUUUGGGAAACUUAAAUAAAACCCCUCUAUAGCCCUGGGAAAAGGUUCCUUGUUUAAUGGAGUGGGUUAGCAUUUAAGUUACAGUUACUAUCUUAAAAUCAUAGGGUGCUACAAUUACUUUUUUCUUUUAUUAGCCAUUAAUUGUAAGAAAUAAAAUACAAGA